AUGAAUGCACGAGUGUUAGCUGCCACGUUUGUGCUGUUGCUUGCGCUGUACGAUAUCCGAGCAGCUGCAAAUCCACUUACUUCCAACAACGCGGAACAUUUCUAUCCAGGCGUAAAGAACGGCUAUGAGGGCGCUAAUACCAGGACACAAUUAGGAGGUACACCGCAUGAUAAAUCGAGCAGUUUGGUGGUGAACAGCUUAAUGAAUGGCCAUUUCAGCAUCCGGAUCAAACGACAAUGGGGAUACGGUAUGUUCGGAGGUGGUUACGGUAUGGGUAUGGGUUGGGGAGGUGGAUACGGUAUGGGUGGCGGUGUUGGCAACAAUUACGGUGGUACUGACAUCGGCCAACUUUACGAUUAUAACUUGAAUCUUUGA